UAUUUUUUAUCUAUUACCAGUAAGGAGCUUAUAGGCAGAGCAGCCUUUCAGUUUCUAUCUGGGCGUCUGAGAUUUCCGACUUUGCAGAGAAGUAGCCUGAGCAGGCUCAACGCAUGUUUUGUCCUCCUCUCAUUACAAGGACCUGCAGGGCCCCCCAACAGCCUGGAUUCUUUUCCUACCAAAUGUGGCUACUUCCUGCAUCACUGUCCGGAUGGUAAUUUCAUUUUUCAAGCCUGAUACUUCGCCUUCUGCAUGCAGAAGGAAAAAGCAAAUUACAGGUUGGAAACCAGAAUAUUUCAAAGGGGAGUGAAAAGGUUGGAGCGCAGUGACUGCUACAUAAUGAAGUGUCCAGUGAUCGCGUCCAGGCUGGCCCAAGAGAGGGUCCACUGCCGGCCCACAUUCAUUCAGGUCUCCCUGCCCCUACCCCUGGGAAGCACCUGUGGACAGCGGCUCAUUGGAUCUUUCAGCCGCGUGGCGCCCCUACCACGUGCCCAGUGCUCCUGCCAGGGGUCUGCUUCCCUGGAGCGCAAGGGGUGUACAUGUCCAGGUUGCCUUCCUCCCUCGUGGUCCUGCCUAUUCGCCCCUUGGCCCUGUCACCUUCCUGAGUGUUCCCGCAGGUGCGCCUUCUCCUUGACCCCCUGGCGACCCCAUCUCCUUGGCCAGACUGUUUGUGAGUACCUCCUGUUCGUCCAGACCCCGUGGCUGCUGUCCAUCGGAGGGGCGCCGGUGGCUUCUCUGGGGGACGCCAGCCUGAUGGGAAUCCACAGCAGGACGAUCAGCGUGGACAUCACCGCCACGCCCACCAUCCAGAGCCCAAGGCAAGACCCUGUCCAGAGGCCGGAGGUCAGCGGUGGGCGGCAGCCCAAGCAGGCGGGGAGCCUCAGGGCGUGGCACCCUCGGGGAGGCCCCGGAGAGCAGUCUGCCGGCGCUCCAGUGCCGAUUCAGAUGUCCACCUGGAGACCGGACAGAUUUAGGCAGGCAGCUUCGAAAAUUGGGCUCCAUUACUACGCCUCGUCUUUAGGAGCCGCUGGCCCACGGGGUCCUGUCUCCACCCUUUCAUCCACGUGCCUGCAGAGUGUGUAUUUUUCUGUGUCACGUGUCCUUCCCCAUUCCAGUGUCAUCCCAGCCAGAGAUGGAGGUCUUGUUCACAUCCCAAAGCAGAGACUGGAUCUGGUCAAAAGAGAUUCCUACUUGGAGGAAAACCUGAGCCUAAAAUUCCGAGUCCACCAGUUCCUUACCUUCACAGUGACUGAAAACAGGGACUUUGCGGUGGUCAGUGUCCUGGCGGCUGGGGUGCUUCAGGUCCAGCAAUGCCAGGAGGCCCAAGGAGCUCUGGGGACGCAGGCUUUCUAUAGGGUGGUCCCGAGCCUGGGAUUUGCUGAGGUGGCCGCCCCCAUCCUCUGGACGGUGGAGAGCUCCUUCCAGUGUGGGGGCGAGAGUCACGGUCCCACACCCAACCCGGGUAAACGAUGGUGUCAGGCACACUGGUUGGAACUGGCCGGGGAGCAGGAGGGCUGCGGGAGCUCGAUGGAGUCAAAAUGUCUCGUUUGCAGCUGCCUCUCUGGGGGUCCCAAUAGUCUCAGGCCAUCUGUUACCCUAACUGGCAGGUCUAGGCCUGAGCAGAGCCCCGCCUAGCUGCCGGGAAGUCCCCUCCUGCUGGAAGGUUGUCGGGGAGGGGGUGGGGGGGUGGCCGCCUACUAGCCCAUGCAGGGGCCCUGGCGGGCCAGCAAGGAGGUCCAGCCAUUGACAAAGCCCUUGACGACCAGCCUGGCUGAAGAGGCGUCGUGUUUGCACUGCUCCCCUGGAGAGCCCCAGGAAACAUCCUCCAGAACGGAAGCUGGGGGGCCACCCAGGGAGGCCAGAGGGCACCUGGACCUCUCAUUGCCAGAACCAAGUCAGGACCUGGAGGGGGCCCACGCUCCUUCUUCUGGGGAUGGAUGCCACAGCACUGCCCCAGUGGUGAACACUUCCAAGGGCCUGGCCGAGCCUAGAGACCCUUUCACUGCUGGCCAGCGUAGCCCCCAGCACGAGCCAGCAGAGCCCACAUGGGCAACCAGCCCUGAAAGGCACAGGCCUCCUGAACUUCAGAACAUCGUGGAGGGACUUCUGAGAGACCCCCUUGCUGGGGGGCGGGGAGUCCUGGAAGCACCCCAGAGGAUGCCAAGCGUGAAACAGCGUGGUGGGCAGCAUUGGGGCAUGCCUCCCACCCGCUUGGACUGCCCACGAGUGCAGGCCCCAGCGUUUUCGUUCUUGCCCUUUCGCUGUUAA